UAAUAAUGUACCGUGUGCAAAAUCGUACAUGAUCACCGCGCGUAAUAGAAGCUAGGUUGAGCUUGAGGUGCAGGGAGAGAAGAGAGAGUUGUGUAGAGUAAGGGAAAUCAGAUAAUGAGUGGACAAACGUGUUACAACUGUGGCAAGCCUGGUCACAUAGCCAGGGAGUGCAGCGGGGGAGGUGACCGCUCCCGCGGAGGCGGCAGAGGAGGUGGUGGUGGCCGAUCAUCCGGCAAUUGCUAUAACUGUGGCAAGUCUGGUCAUAUGAGCCGGGACUGCGGAGAAGCUGCUCAAGAGAAAGUUUGCUAUGGCUGUGGCAAGCCUGGCCACAUUGCUAAGGACUGUGCCAACCCAAGUUCUGGAGGUGGAGGUGGUGGUGGACGUGACCGUCGUAGUGGGGGUGGUGGUGGCGGAGCUGGCUGCUACAAUUGUGGUGGAGCUGGCCACUUUGCAAGGGAUUGCACUUCUGAUGGCGGACAACAACAACAACAACGUCGUGGUGGCGGUGGAGACCAAAAAUGUUACAAGUGUGGUGAGUGUGGACAUUUUGCCAGGGAGUGUAGCAAUCCCAGCGAACAGAAAUGCUACAAGUGUGAUAGGGUUGGGCACAUUGCUCGGGAUUGUAACGAAACCAACGAAGACUAGGAAGGGCCUUCCACCCUGAAGUCGGGGGCUCACAAAUAACACAAGUUGUGACGACAUCAUGGACAAAAUAAUAGUUGUAACAUCUCCUUGUUUGUUACCAUUUGAUAACAGCAUUUGUAGAAGCUGUGUGUGAACCUCCCUUGUUUUUUGUAUGUUAUAUGGUGUACCAUAACCUAUUUCCAUUUUUAAUUUCUUUUGUUGAAGUCAUUAGUAUUAAUUUUUGCCUAGCCAUUGAUUCUUGGCUACUGUACGUAAUGUGUUAGGGGAAUAGAUCUAUUUUACCCUGGUAUAAGCACUAUUUGCAGACUAUACAGAGAAACAAAUUCACAUGCUUUUUCGGUAAGGGGGGGGGGGGGGGGGGGGCGGCAAAAAAAAGGGGGACUUCAUUUUUUUUGCGAGGGAGGUCAUACAAAAAAGUGACAUUUAUCUACUAUACUGUCAGUUUCUGUUUUGUGAAAAGUUAAUUACUAUUAUGUAUUUUGAAUAAGCAUCAGCACCUUAAUACCAGGAACAAAGUUAUUGUCUGCAUCAAAUCCAUAAAUAACUCUAGAUUAAAUUUAGAUAAAGAGAAAAAAAGGGACUCUCCUGUCUGUGAACAUUGUCUAGAAACUGAAAAUGUUAUUAACAAUGUCAUUAUUAUUAAUACAUUUAUAAGAAAUUAUUCGAUGGUCAUUCAGAUAUAAGCUGGAGACAUGGUAGGGUAAUGGAAUUCUUGUUUGUUUAUUUUAUGCCAAGUUAGUUCUGGGAUUAAUUACCCAUGUUCAUUUAGUUGAAAAUCUUGCCCUUAUUGCAGACUGGUUUUGCUACGGACUGGUGUUUUUGAUUGGUUUGUUGUAUUGGGGUGGCAAUCCACCAGCAAUAGGCCAGGUCAGUCAAGUGUUCGAUGCUUAUUCAUUACCUGUACAUAGAUGUUUGUAUUGUGUUUUUGUAAACUCCGAGUCAUGGUGAGGUAGGGCACGUCGGUCCAGAUUCAUCAUUUAUCAAUAGUUACAUCACAUUUUAAAAUUUAUGGACUUUUCAACCCUCAUAUCUAUUAAAAACUAAAUCUGGGAGUUGAAUAGUUCUGAUUGUUGAGCCAUAGUGAAUUUGCUGUGAAUUGAGAUUAAUUUACAGUGAAAAUAAAUUCGGGUAUUGAAGACAAAGUGUGCAACUUUGAACCAUUCUUCAUGCAUACAUACAUGAUCAAUGGAUACAAAUAUGUUAUUUGUUUCCUUUUUAAAGGAAGGAUUGUAAGAGAGCUGUAUUGUGUUCCAUACUAGACAGCUUACCAUUAUAAUAUCAUGAGCAAGGCAUUCAAUUUAUAUUGUAAUGUAGUUGUGAAGAGAAUUUUGUUAUCUGUUUUUUGUAGAGUCGAGAUCUUGGCUAUUUGUGGGCCAAAAGCCAUUUUAAUCGGGUAAUUUUGAGAUGCUAUAAAGUAGCUGGUAUUCAAAUGAAAAUUUUAAUCCAAUGUAGUGUUUAAUACAAUUUUUUAAAGUUUUUCUUCAAUGAAAAAUUAAAAGGUGUUAUCAAAAUUCACAGUUUUAUGAAAUACAAUGAAAUGAAAAUAUAAAAAAUAAUUUGGUUGUAGUGCAAUAAGUGAGUUAUCCCACACGUGUUCUUCAUUUUUUGGGGAAACUGAUGCAUGAUUCUGUUUACGCUGCGUGUCGGCGUCCGCAUGUCUUGCAGUAUAAGUUUCCGACGGAGACAAAUUUGUAUAGUAGGUAAAAUAUGUUUGAACCUAUUGUCUGGAGGAGGUCAAAAUUUGUCAUGCUUGUAAGCUGACAUCAAAGUUUAGAUGGAUAAAUAUUUUUAUACCUUUGUUAGGCAGAUUUGAUUUCACAAUUGUGUGUGAAAUACAAAUUUGAAUACUUUUAAAAAUAUUCAAAUAUACAAUGGAGCCUUUCACCAAACAAAAUAAAAUGGUUCACUUUUGACUUUUUUUCAUUGUUCAAAACAUGAAUAUUCAAGAAUUUCAUGGUGAAUUGUUCUGUUAUUUUGGUUAUUUACUGCGUGAAACCUUAUAAUCGUUGGCAGAAUGCAACGGUUUGUGGUGGCCAUUAUACCUGCUUGGUGGAAUGGCUUCUGUGCUGGUGAUGUUGAUGGUCGGGAGGAGAUGGUGUCAAAAUAGGAGAGGAUAAAACAGUUUCUCUGCACCUCCAAGUCUAGAUAGUUCUCUUAUAGUGCACCAUUAGCAUUGGUUGAUGAUGUAAACUAGUAGAUUUUAAAUUUAAACAGAACUAUCUAGACUUGGAUAUGUCCCGUGUAUUUGGACAUUGUUGGAGAAUGUGUUUUUGUAUCCCCUGCUAUAGUCUACAGGUCGUAGGAGGUUGGAAGUUGGUGAAGAGGAGGUGGUGUUCACAUUCUCUCUAAGGCAGCUUAUUUUUCAAGUUGGUGGAGUGAGGAGUUUAUAUAGUUUAUCAAAUUAUAUUACUAAGAAAAUGUUUGAUCAGCCCAAGCUUGGCUUGUGUUAAUGCUUCAUUUUGGAGAUUAUCAGUUGGUGAUAUUUCAUAAUCUUGUAGAAACAUGAUAUGAAGAUGUAAAUUUGGAAAAACACUAGUGUAUUUGGGGUAUCUGUACUUCUUAGUACACAAAUGUUGCAUUCCAACAUGAAUCUGCAGAUGUGUUCUUCUACACAAUUAUUCGAUAUCACCUAUACUGAAAGACCAAAGUCCACUGCAGCCAAAACUUUGUAAUCUGGAUAAAGAGGAGCAGGGACUUGCGUGAAGAAAAAACAGCAUUAUGUACUUAUGUUCCCAAAAUCAUUCCAAGAUGAUUGGAAGAAGUCGUUUUUCAGUUGAUAGGCGGCUUUAUGUGUCCAGUGCAUUGUUCUGGAAGCGAUGAACUUAUUCAAUUAUGAAAAUUUUCCAAUAAAACUGAUGUACAAGGAGGUAA